CUUUAUUCCUGCUUCAUGAGCAAAGCUGGAUUUAAUCUGUCCUGUUCCGUCAGAAUCCCUCAGCGCCUGCGAGUGACGGGAAGCCUCUUCAUCAUCAUGCUCGUCUUCAUCAUCACUGCUGUCCUAGUCAAAGUUCCUCUGGAGCCGCUGCCUUUCUUCUCCGUAACCAUGGUGAAGAUAAUCAUCAUCAACUCGUUUGGUGCGGUGCUGCAGGGCAGCCUCUUCGGGAUGGCCGGUUUGCUUCCAGCUUCGUACACCACUCCCAUCAUGAGCGGCCAAGGACUCGCCGGGACCUUCGCUGCCGCUUCCAUGAUCUGCGCCAUCGCAAGUGGUUCUGAGCUGCAGGAUGCAGCAUUCGGUUAUUUCAUCGUAGCCUGUGUUGUGGUUUUCCUGUCCAUCUUGUCCUACGUCUUAUUGCCCAAACUGACAUUUUUCCAGUUUUAUCAAGAAAGGAACAGAAAGCAAAGAUCAGAUGAGCAGAAUGCCGUCACUCUGAUGAACGCAGAGAAUAAAGAUGCUGCAGAAGAUGAGAAACAACAAAGCAUCUCCAUGAUGAAGAUCUUUAAGAAGAUUUGGAUCCUGGCAUCGUCGGUCUGCUUCACCUUCACCGUCACCAUCGGCACGUUUCCCGCAAUCACUGCCGACACGCGAUCCACGCUGGCCGACGGAGGAACCUGGGAGCGCUACUUCGUCCCCGUCAGCUGCUUCCUGCUCUUCAACCUGAGCGACUGGACUGGGCGGAGCCUGACCGCCGUCUGCAUGUGGCCAGGUAAAGACAGCCCGGUGCUGCCGGCGGCCAUCUUGGCUCGCGUUGUCUUCGUACCUCUCUUCAUGCUGUGCAACGUCCAGCCCCGCCUCCAUCUGCCCGUCUUCUUCCAUCACGACGGCUUCUUCAUCGCCUUCAUGCUCAUCUUCGCCUUCAGCAACGGCUACCUGGCCAGCCUCUGCAUGUGCUACGGACCGAAGAACGUUCUUCCUCACGAAGCGGAAACUGCCGGAGCCAUCAUGGCGUUCUUCCUGGCUCUGGGAUUGGCUACCGGAGCCGCCGUGUCCUUCCUGUUCAGAGCGCUGGUCUGACUGGGACCCCUUCAUUUUAACAUCUAAAGACCAGCACAUAUUUAAAUUACUUGAGUUUAGUAAAUGUUUUAAAUGGAAAUAAAAUGUAGAAAAUCAAAUUAAAAACUAAAAAUGAAUAAAAUCCAUGAACCUGACGGGACGUCUGGACAAGAAGGGCUGAAAGAAUCAGAAGUUGAGACGGUUCUAGUUUAAAGAAUUUAAUUUCAUGUCAGGUUUUAUAAAAUCGGUUCUUUAUCUCGCCAACCAGAGUAGAAAUUGGAGCAUGAAUUCCUCGUCCAACGACUCGACAGCUGAAAUGGGAAGUCUGACCCCAGGUCCAUCAGGCCGAGUGUCAAAAGGCCAGUUCAUGUUCUGACUAUGUAAACUUAUAAUACCAGGAAAAACAAUUAAACUGCAUCAAAUACAGGAAA